UGUCAACCAACAACAGUCAACUUACGUCGUUUCUUUUUCUUUAGUUUUAAUUUACUGCUCUGCUUGACCUAUUCGAAUUAGCCAAUUUUUAAAUUUCAUUUUAAAUUUAACUUUAUUUCCGACGAAACAAUAUAUUUUUACGACUCUCCUAGACAUUUAUUUGCUUUCUUAACGUGAACGUUGAAUGCUUACAACUACAAUAACCUUUCGUCAUUGUGGAUAUUGUUGAUUAGUACGCUUAAAUAAAGAAAGUAUAUCCAAAAUAGUGAAUAAUAUGGCAAAAGAAGAAGACGAUGAUAAUUUACCGGAUAAAGAUGCGGCGAAAGAGUUUUAUGCAAAAUAUGAGCCAAAAGAGAUAAUAGGAAGGGGCAUAAGCUCAACAGUCAGAAGAUGCAUAGAAAAAGAAACUGGUAAAGAAUAUGCAGCCAAAAUCAUUGACCUUAGUCAGGAGUCCCAAGACGGUGUGGACACCCACACCAUGAGGGAGGCGACUAGACAGGAGAUACACAUUCUGAGAAUGGUCGCUGGGCACCCUUAUAUAAUUGAACUUCAGGAUGUGUUUGAGUCGGAGACCUUCAUAUUCCUUGUGUUUGAGCUUUGCAAGAACGGUGAACUGUUUGACUACCUCACGUCCGUUGUUACGCUCUCAGAGAAGAAGACUAGAUACAUUAUGAGGCAAGUGCUGGAGGGGGUCCGGUACGUGCACAGCAAGUCCAUAGUCCACCGGGACCUGAAGCCGGAGAACAUCCUGCUGGACGACCAGCUCAAUGUCAAGAUCACCGAUUUUGGCUUCGCGAAGAUAUUGAAAGAGGGGGAGAAACUUUUUGAACUAUGCGGGACCCCGGGCUACCUCGCCCCGGAGACGCUGAAGGCCAACAUGUUCGAGGACGCGCAGGGCUACGGUCUGGAGGUCGAUAUAUGGGCUUGUGGAGUCAUCAUGUUCACUUUACUGGUGGGCUGUCCGCCAUUUUGGCAUCGCAAACAGAUGGUCAUGCUCAGGAACAUCAUGGAGGGGAAAUAUUCCUUCACCAGUCCCGAGUGGGCUGAUAUAUCAGAGGACCCGAAAGACCUCAUCAGGCGGUUGUUAGUCGUCGAGCCCAGCGAGAGAAUCGGCAUACAAGAUGCCUUGAACCACUCCUUCUUCAACACCGUUCUGUGGGAGCAGGACAUGACGCCGCUCAAGAGGUCGCUGUCUUCCACCAGCCGGAAGAUGUCGAGGAUCGAACAGUUGACCAUGGCAAUAAAAUCGGGCGGUUUCAAUGCUCGCGCGAAACUACGCGUCGGUUUAGUGACCGUUCGUGCCGCGGUGCGUUUACAAAGACUGCCGCAUACUUCGACGAGGGCACUACCGCUGCAUGAUGCACUACGGGAUCCGUACACUAUGCGAGUGCUGAGAAAGGUCAUUGACGGAUGCGCGUUCCGAGUCUACGGCCACUGGGUGAAGAAGGGCGAAGGGCAGAACCGAGCGGCUCUCUUCGAGAACACGCCCAAGACGGAAUUGAAGAGUCUCUACGUGAGCAACCUGAGCCGAUAGCUGCUCUGUUUUGCACCCCCGGGGCACUUCCUCGUUGCUCCUGAUCUCCUAGUCAUCAGGAGUAUCGCACAUACCAGGGUAGCAGAAACAGCAGGAGGCGUUUCGUCAAAAUGCUACGAAUCGCGUCAUCGAUUUGUAGGUUAGCCGUACGUAGAAACUUACCAACCCACGUAGUAGACCUACUACAUUAGUUCAAUUUGUAUUAUUCGAUAUCGACUGCUUAAUUACAGCAGUUAUUAUUUAUAACAGUACGUUGAUUAACGUAUGUUUUUAUAUAAGUUUUACAAACGGAGUGUGAUUGUGAAGCAAUAAUUGCAUUAUAUUCGAAAUCAAAGAUUAGAGAUGUAGAGUUUUGUUCUCAUUAAAUAAGGUUCACAGUUUAAGCGUAAUUUAGUAUUAUUUUGAAUUCGAGUUACACAAACAUGCCCCGUUGUUUUGAUGUAGAUGAUGUUUUAAUCUUUUAUAUGAAUCGCUGUUUAUUGUAUUAUAGUAAAUAACUAUCAAAAGACGUAGAUACCUAUAUUUUUGUAAAUUGUUUUGUGACACUAGGUGAUUAUGUGGAAUUUGAUCACCCAGGUGAUCAAAGUGGAAAAAACCGAUUUUUUAAGUGUGUUUUUAAGUAACAAAAUUAUAAAGAUGAUUUUAUUUGUGUUAUAACUCUAAAUCAAACUAAAAAUUUACUUAACAAUAUUCGUAAAAAGACAAACGGAAAAGGUAUUUUAAUUUUGAGAAUAACAGUAAUUCAAAUUGCUAAAUUUGUUUGUUGUUUGUAUACUUAGUAAGUUUUGGUCUUACAAAAAAAUUUUUUUAGCUUGCCUUUACUCAUGACCCACGAAUCAUCAAUCACAGGGCACUAAUUGAUCAAAAUUUUCCUUGAUUUUCUUAAGGCUACCCCCAAAAAAAAAAUUUCACGUAAAAAUUGUCAAAACAAUUUUCACCUUUUGAUUUAAAGGCAGCUUUACAUUUUCAGUGGUAAUUUUAAUUCACUGUGAGGUUUAAACAAACUGCUUUAUAAAUAAUACAAAUGUCAACUUUGUUGUUUUAGCAGCCCACAGCAGAAAGUGAGAUUUUAAAAUAUCUUUUUAGUAUUUAAUAUUAUCAAAAGAUUUAGGAACAAAUAGAAGAUUUGGGAUAGCUUCAAAGUAUGUUUCACGAGACUAACUCAACCGUAAUAGGUACAUAUUAUGUAUUAUAAAUAAAUAUGUACAGACGCUAGCCGAGAAACUUCACCGCGAAUGGUUUUUAAUUAUAUGAAGUGAUGGUUUUUCUCUUCAGGCGACUGUAUUUUCAGUUUAAAUUAGAAAAAAAGACCCGGGUGUCAUGAGGCUCAAAGACAAGAACGUUACAACAGCCAUAGAAGGCCACAUGAAGGUUUCUUUUUUAAAUAAAAAGAAUACCAAAUGGCAGCACUUAAGUAAGCAUCAUAUCCAAUGCAGUAUUGCCAUUGGUCAAAAAUUUGGUUGAAAAUAUUUGAAACUGUUCUCAACCUCUGGUGGCAGAAAUUAUCGCAAAAGUCCUAGGUGUACAAAAAUUUCAUGUUCAAAUUUUCAAACCUACGAGACCUCAUAGUAAGGUGCCUUCUAAGUUCUCGGUGCAAAAAUAUCGUAUUAAGAAUUGAGAGUGUGUUUUUAAACCAAGCAUCCACGGUACGCCGCCAUGGCAAAACAACUUUUUUUUUAAAUAUAUACAGAAUGAUUUUUUAAACAACCUAAUUUCAGGAACAUGUUUAAAAUGUGAUCAGCAUGUUUUUUUUUGUUCCACAUAAAUUUUGUUCUCUUAAUACAAAAUACAUCGUACAUUUAUUGAACUUGAUUGAUGGAUCGUGUUUAAAAAGUUAUUCUGUACAUGCAUUGUAUCAAUGUUGCCAGUUAUUACCGAAAUUCGCUCAGGCAUGCCGGUUUGAGUUUAGGAAAGAUAUCGUGUCUCAAUUCAGGACAGUGGGACUAAUGCAAAUAUGCCAUAUUUAUUGUAAAUAUAGACUUAUUAACGAUAUCGAUUUUGCGUGUCUAGUACAUUUUUAAUGCUAUUAGUAGAUACGAAUUUGUGAGAUUUGCCUUUUAAAACACCAGUGGUGAUUGUCACCUAUGUAAUUUUAAAAUAGGUGUUGUCCAUAACAUAACUCUAGGUUUUUUCACAAAGUAAAUUUUAUAGAGGAAGACAGGUUGAAUUGAAAACAAUCACUAUAUAUUUAUUCAGUGGUGUAAACUAUUUCAAGGUCUUUGCAGACGGUAGUACUUAUGCGUAUAAUCUUUCUACUUUUUUAAAUCACGAUUUUCUACAAAGCAUUUGAUGUGACCCUUCUUCCUUAUUCACUGAUGUUGUCAAUGCAUAUGUCAUAUCAUCUUUCCCUUUCUAUCAUUUCGAAUAGCCAAAACGAUAGAAAGAGAGAUUAAAUAAGACGUAUACCUUGUCAAGUAUCACGAAUAAGCGCCCUGAUCCGAAAGUAGCUACUGAAAUAAGUUGAACUUUCCAUCUGCACCGAUUCUGAAUGUAUGCGAUAAUAUAUUUUGUAAAUAACCUGUAUUAUGUAAAAAAAUUACAAGUCAAAAAUAAUUUAAGUGAUCUGGGACACCUACUAUUAUAACUUUGUGACAAAAGUUUUACCCUGUUUAUAAGAGUAAGUCUGCACAGAUCUUGAUUUAAUUAUUACAGAUAUAACAAAAAGGGAGCGAAAAUAUCGACAUAAAAAAAUGAAGUCAACUUACUGUUAAAAAUAUGUCAAAAACAAUGUAUGUUUUUGACAUAUGUAUUUUUUUUCAAGUGAUUUUGCAAGGGAAAGUUGUUUUUCUAAUGAGUGCCUACACUGACGUAAGACACUCUUUUUGUUACGUCCUAUAUAAGGAUCGGUUAAAUCAAGUACAAAAUAUUUUAAAGCGUGGGUCAGCAUAGAAUAUUUUUAAUCAAAAAAUCAUAAAAAAACCGUAAAUAAUACCAGCCUAACAAUUUUUUUUUUGUUAAUUUAUAUGUAUAAGAACUGAUUUAAAUAGUAAAAAUUGUUUCUUCUCUUGAAUAUGGGAGAAAAAAGGUGAGUUUAUUUGUUUAAAUCUAUCUUUAAAAAAAUUUGUUCUUGAUUUGCAUGUAAGUACAGUCGUCUGCAGAAAAACAUGACCCCUUGUUCAUUGUAACUGUAACAAAAUGGGGUUGUGGUGACUGUACCCUAUACAUUAAUAGAAAAUAAACGAUUGCUGAUGAUGUUACUUGUGUCUUAGUUGUUUUCCUCAUUGCUGAGAUUGUUUGGUCAUUAUUUGAAAAUAAAUACACGACGAUUGUUUGGCAUUUUUAA